AUGUGUCAAUACAGUUAUGUGUACUAUUCCUACUGUGACCAUGCGGAACUCACUCUGCUCGAAUACUGUUCGGCUGCCGUUGCGAAAGCUGGUCGUUUGUCUCACGCCGACAGGGUGCAAACGCACGACGACGGACAGCAGCAGCACUGGGGCAGGCCGACCGAUAACGAACCUGGUGGCGCGAGCGAAUGCGACACCAGAGUACAGGGAGCUUCGCAACCCGCUAAUACUUUGCAGCAGCAUGUCAUAAGUGAAGGGUCGGGUCAUGAUGCGCCAGGUCAAGAUGCGUCAGAUCACUUCGAAUCUCAAGACGACGCGUUUCAACAGCAGUCGAGCGUGACAGAGGAAGACGUCGGCAUGAUGAAGGAUAAUAACUUUCGGAUACAGAGUGUUGCUCCGGGUGAGAAUGUGCAAUCUACGCCUUCUACUUUGAGCCCAGCCGCGAGACUAGCAGCCCGCUUCCAACAAAGCGAACAGGAUCCGUUUAUCGAGAAAUCGGCGCCUGGCCUUGGACCAAAGAACACUCCAAAAUCGCCCUUCAGUUAUGCAGACAUCCUUAAGACCAGAUCUCCGGAGACUACUCGCACCUUCGCGCUGCCCAAAAAGACCACAACGGAAGGCGUGAAACAGCAAGAUCGCACGGGACCAAGAGCUCCUCUGGCCAUUACCACGAACCUUCCCCAACAGCGUAGGAGCAGUGAGCCGACCUUCGAUCUUGCCUCUCCCCAAGCAUUUCCCACACUCUCCUCGAAGACAACCACAACUGCUCCUCCCUCAGCGGUGAGCAGUGGCAAAUCAGGGCGAUCAACGUCUUGGGCACAGGUCGUGAGUCUAACUACAUCCAACGAGUCAAGCCCUAGCUCGUAUUCGGGACCUACAGCUGAAUCAGACGCUGGCACCGUCUCGACAUCAGUCUCAACAUCCUUGACAUCCUUCCCCAGCGACAUAACAUUCGAUCCGAGCAACCCAUCUGCUGAGCGUAGCCCACAGUACACCCAACCCCCGUUUGAUGAAGCCGCGAAGAUGGUGAAGGACAUUAUCAUCCCACCUAUUACCAAAGAUCCAGAUCCUGCGCCGCAUAGCCCGCGGAAGACUUUACCGACCGAAUGGCUUCAGGAUACUUCAGGCGGACACCCACAAUACUCUUCUCUUCAUCCGAAGAAAUCGAUGGGUACGCUCCGAACACCAGAAGCAACAUCUCAUGAGCGAGCAACAUCCCCAACAAAGACAAUUGCAAAGCCAUUUAUGUUCGCAACGGCGCGGCGUGCUGCUGAGCGUGAGGCCAAAGUCAGAAGCUCGUCGACUUCGCCAGUCAAGAGUUCAUCCGACCCUUCCAAAUCUGUCAAGGGCAAACCGGCAAAACUCCAACCAUCCACGAUGUCGCAUUCUCAUGCAAGCAGUAUUAGCACGACGGGUACUGUUUUCCAUACUGCGCAUGCAUCACCAACCCAUAGUAUCUCGACGCUCAGCUUUGCUUCUGAUACAGACGACCACGGCGACAUAGUUUCGGCCCUAGGUUCUCCAUCGCGCAUUCCGCGCUUGGCUCUUAAGCUUUCGGAAAUUCUGCAGGUAGAACUCACACUUUCUGGGCCUGUCGAAGAGCCUGAAUCUGGAAUCAAUGAAAUCCAUCAAAAAGUUGUGGAGCUUGUUGAGGAUAGCGUGGACCACAGUGUCACCUCGGAGGGAACAGACACCAAUGAACCUCCUAAGCUCCUCGAUGUUGCAUAUUCUUUGGAAACAGCCAUGAAGAACGAAGAAAUCACUGGCAUUCGAUUCGAAGCAUUUGGACCGCACCCCCAAGACCACACUGAUGAUGAUGAUAUAUCUGUAUUAAGCACAUCGAAGACUCAUUUUCAAGACAAAAGCCAGCAAUCGGAAGCUGAAUUUUGUACAGCCAUUGACGAGCUGGAGGCUUCUUUGACCACGAGGAAGCCGGAAAUAGAUGCGGUAUCCGACCAAGCAGAAUCAGCUCAGAGCACACAGCGGCAGGCCCGUGAUGGCAACGACCACGUUAGUUCGCAAAAUACAUUCAUUGAGAGCAACCACUACGCUAUUAGUGCCGCCCCUGCUUCUACACAAGACCCUGCUAUCCUCUACAAGGGACAUGGACACAAAGAGGUCUUUCGCUCAGCGCCAGAGUUGUUGAAGAUGUUGAGGAGGAGGAGUGCUACAUUACCGGCCAAAGUAGCGCUUACUGCCGCGGCCAAGGUAGCGCUCAAUGCUGAAGCCAAGGAAUUCGUUCCGAUGGGAAUUCCGGCCGAAUCAUGGGAGAAUUCGUACUUUAACCGCGCUCCGUUGCCGGCUGAGAUGAUAUACCCAGGUUGGAAACUCAACAUGCCUAGGUCUGAUGCUAACGCCACUGAUUAUCCUGCUUAUCCCGCAAUGUUGUCGGAGAGCAUGCAGCAGAUUAUUAGAUCCCCAGCGGAGCGCCCACAAACGUGGAAAGCCAAAAGCAGUGCUUCUCCCAAGAAGUCACUGAGGAAGAUUUGGCCAUCGAAGAGAUACAAGCGCUUCGUGUCAGCUGACAGCGAAUCGGACGGGAACACCAUCACUCAAGCUUCAUACAAAAAGUGGACGAAGAAGAACAACGGCCAGAAACGUGAUUGGAAUUCACACUGGUAUGAUGGGGCAUGGAAGAGCGUGAAUGGCGCACCGCCGACGUUCGAAUCGUUCUACGCAGAUCGAGCGCAGCGGAUACCGUCGGACGAUCGCAGCAUCGUCACGAAUCCGUACCAUGGACGCACAAGCUCCAAGAGCUCUGGGUCCACGACUGCGGGCAACGGCCCGGAGCAGAAUCUCGGGCACGAGGUCAUUGAGCCUUGCGGUCACUGGAACGUUACCAUGGCGGGAGAAUUCGGGAACGCCGCCUGCCAUGAGUGUUUGCCGUGA